CUUUCUUGAAUUCUCAUUUUCCACCACCUCUGUUCUUUUUACAUUCAUAAUCAGUUGUCUUUUUUUCCAUUCAUAAUUCGGCAAUUCAUCUGUGAUAUUGUUUCUGUAACAUAUCUAUUAGGAGUUUGUUCUCGAUUCAACAAAGUUGAUACAAUGGGAAGGCCCUUUAUUCUUUACUACGAUGAAAUCCCUGAUCAAGAUUGCAUCCAUUGUCGUAUCUGCAGAACUCGAAUUGCAUUCGUCAGGGAUCACUUUGCUAAUAUAUCCAAUCAUGCAUGGGUCUUUCAUAAUAUGUUUAAUGUUGAAGUACCAGAGGAUGAGGGAUAUCAUCUAGUAGUAGAUGGCAAAACCCUAGCCUAUACUUACUGUAUCAAAUGUAGAAACCUGCUUGGGUGGAAACUUAUUGCAAUCGCUCAAUAUUCCAGGUAUCUUAGAGAAGGAAUAUUCAUUAUGACAUUACGCAACCAUGGCCCAAUUGAACAAGGUCCUAAUAAUCAAGAUGGAGAUGCUAAUGAGCAGAAUGCUGAUCAAGAUGGAGAUGCUAAUGAACAGGUUCCUAAUGAACAAGGAGGGGAUGUUAACGCACAACAUGUAGGCGCUAAUGAGCAAAACACUGAUCAAGAUGAAUGGGCUAAUGAACAGAUUCCUAAUGAUCAACAAGGAGGAGCUAAAUGA